UUGGAAACAUGGCAGAAGAGAGGGAAGCCCCAAAGGAGAUCAAGUUUGCAGAUCUAGUUGUUGAUCUAAGUUUCCACCCUCAGAAAGAUGUUUUAGCAGCAGGUCUUAUUGAUGGAGAGGUGAAAAUUUGCUCCUAUUCUACCACAGAGGAGAACCAUGAGCUGAUGACGUUCACCCACCACAAAAAGGCAUGUCGAUGUGUGAAGUUUUCUCCAUCAGGUGACCAGCUGAUCACUACCUCCAAGGACAAGUCCCUCCAUGUUAUAGACACCAGCACAGGAGCUGUGGUCAGGAGUGUGCAGAAAGCUCAUGACUCUCCACCAUACAGCAUGCUGGUCAUAGAUGAGAACCAAGUAGCCACUGGGGACGAUGAUGGCACCAUUAAGUUAUGGGACAGAAGGCAAGAUAAAGCUAUCAUGGAGCUGAAAGAGUGUGAGGAAUUUAUCAGUGACAUGGUAAUAGAUGAUCAGAGGAAGAUUUUGGUUGCAUCAAGUGGUGAGGGCACAUUAACAGCAUUUCAUAUAAAGAAGAAAAAGAUGGAGCUUCAGUCAGAGUUGUUUGAAUCAGAGAUGCUGUCACUGGCAGUUGUCAAGGUUUGA